AUGAAGAGCUCUCACUUGUGUUCCUACAUUCUUCUUCUAGGCAUCUAUGCUCCAAAAGUCCUAUCAGAUAAUCCUUCUCUGCAGGAUGUAUGCCCCAUAGCUCCCCAGGGUGAGCGGAAGCUGUUCAUGAAUGGUUUCCUCUGCAAGCAUCCCUGCACCAUCCUGGCCUCCGACUUCAAGACACUGCUGCUGAACCAUGCUGGAGACCUGGACAACAUAGUCCGGUCAUCGGUGAACAUGGUCACCACUACCGAGUUGCCAGGCCUGAACACCCUGGGCCUGUCGAUGGCGCGCACCGACAUCGCCCCCAAUGGGGUAGUGCUCCCCCAUUCUCACCCGAGGGCAUCGGAGAUUAUGUUCGUACAUGGUGGCAGUGUGGUGGUCGGCUUCUUGGAUACGAAGGGCAGGCUGUUCCAGAAGAGUCUUGGCGAGGGGGAGGUGUUUGUCUUCCCCCGUGGCUUGGUUCACUACAUCAUGAACUAUGGUUUUAGCCUUGCAACGACGUUUUCCGUGCUGAACAGUCAGAACCCAGGCGUGGUUGGCAUUGUCCAUGCAAUGUUUGCGACAGAUUCAGAUGUAGUUGAGGGGCUGAUGGCCAGAAUGUUUGAGUUUGGAGAGAUGGGAGUGAGUGACAACAUUACUGCUGGUUUCCCAUGGGCAUUCUGA